AUGUCUGUCCCCGACAAGUUCCAGGGCUUCCAGUCCCCCAGCGCCGAGCACUGGACCGACUUCCAGAAGAACUCAUUCGAGCCUCGUCCCUUUGGUGAAUACGAUGUCGACAUCAAGGUCGAGUGCUGUGGUGUCUGCGCCAGUGAUCGCCACACCAUCAGCGGAGAUUGGGGUGCUUGCCCCUACCCUCUUGCUGUCGGCCACGAGGUCGUCGGCAAGGUUCUUCGUGUAGGCGACAAGGUCACUCUCGCCAAGGUUGGAGACCGUGUUGGUGCUGGUGCCCAGGUUUGGUCUUGCUUGGACUGCCGUCAGUGCAAGAAUGACAACGAGACCUACUGCAAACACCAGAUCGACGCCUAUGGCGCUGAUUACCUUGACACUGGUUUCAAGACCCAGGGUGGUUACUCUUCUCACAGCCGAGUGCACGAGUACUGGGUCUACCCCAUCCCCGAGGCUCUGUCAAGCACCCAAGCGGCCCCCAUGCUCUGCGCCGGUAUCACCGUAUACAGCCCACUGAAGCGUCUCGGCGCCGGUCCCGGAAAGAAGGUCGGUAUCGUCGGUAUCGGUGGUCUCGGCCACUAUGGUGUUAUCUUCGCCAAGGCUCUGGGUGCUGAAGUCUGGGCCAUCUCCCGUACACGAGCCAAGGAGGAGGAUGCUCGCAAGAUGGGCGCCGACGGCUUCCUUGCUACCGGCGAGAAGAACUGGACCGAGGGCCACAAGAUGACCUUUGACAUCAUCAUCAACACCGCUACCUCAUUCGAGGGCUUCGCUCUCAGCGAGUACCUCAGCCUCCUCGACAUCCACGGCCACUGGAACUCGGUCGGUCUGCCUGGCGGUGACGGAAUCCAGAUCCGAAACCAGGACUUUAUCACCAACGGUUGCUACAUCGGCACAUCUCACUUGGGUAGCCGACGUGAGAUGCUCGAGAUGCUUCAGCUCGCUGCUGACAAGGGUCUCAAGUCGUGGAUCGAGGAGAUCCCCAUCUCCACCGAGGGUCUUCAGCAGGCCAUGAAGGCUUUGGAGAAGAGCUCCGUUCGAUACCGAUCUUGCAUGACAAACUACGAUGAGGCUUUCGGUGCUUGA